ACUUUCAACUGUCAUAUUUUGCAUUCGAUAACUCCGAGAUUGCCGAGUUUACACAACUCUUACUUAAAAUUUCUACAACUAAGUGUAAUAGAAUACUAACCGCUUCUACCUUCCAGCAUUAAACGCUUCCGGCCGACAACGUACGUCCUUCGAAUGAAAUAAGUUCGGAGACAAUAACCCACUUAAAACAUGAUUCGUGCAACAGCCAGACUAGCUCGAUUAUCUCGGGGAGUUGCCGCGGCCGGAUUCCCCGGUCAUGGUUCCAUGCUCUUAAAUUCUAACAAUGCUGCUAUACAAGCUGCCCAAGUCCGGUACAAAUCCACUCCGAUCAACACGAUCGUCAUGUUCGUUCCGCAGCAGGAGGCCUGGGUCGUGGAGCGAAUGGGAAAGUUUCAUCGGAUUCUGGAGCCCGGACUGAACGUGCUGUUGCCCAUAGUGGACCGCGUAAAGUACGUGCAAAGUCUGAAGGAAAUCGCCAUCGACGUUCCGAAGCAAUCGGCCAUUACGUCGGACAACGUAACGCUCAGCAUCGAUGGUGUGCUUUAUCUGCGCAUCUUGAAUCCUUACCUGGCCUCGUACGGCGUGGAGGAUCCGGAGUUUGCCAUCACGCAGCUGGCACAGACGACGAUGCGAAGCGAGUUGGGAAAGAUGUCGCUGGAUAAGGUCUUUCGGGAGCGAGAAUCGUUGAAUUACAGCAUUGUGGAGUCGAUCAACAAGGCUUCGGAGGCGUGGGGAAUUACCUGCCUUCGGUACGAGAUCCGUGACAUCAAACUGCCAAGCCGUGUCCACGAAGCGAUGCAGAUGCAAGUCGAGGCGGAACGGCGCAAACGAGCGGCCAUCCUGGAGUCGGAAGGUGUCCGGGCUGCGGACAUCAACGUCGCCGAGGGCAAACGACAAUCUCGAAUUCUCGCUUCGGAAGCCCAGAAGCAGGAGGAAAUCAACCGCGCCAAUGGUGAGGCCGCUGCGCUGCUAGCCGUUGCCGACGCCCGGGCCAAGGGACUUAAGAUGGUGGCCGAAUCGCUGCUGUCCACCUCGGGCCGGGACGCCGCUUCGCUGACCGUGGCGGAAAAGUACGUUAAUGCAUUUGAGAAUCUGGCCAAGAAAAACAACACGCUGAUCGUGCCGGCGAACGCGUCCGACGUGACCGCGAUGGUCGGCCAGGCGAUGCAAAUCUACAACAGUCUGUCGGCGGCCUCCGCUGCGGACCGGAAAGAAUCGGAGUCGAGUGGUGGAGCAGCUGGCGCGGCGACGGUUGAGCAGUGGCAGCAGAUGGGAAGUGUGGAGGAGAGCGCGACGCACGGCAGUGGAGCGAGCAAGCCGGCGGAACAGUGAAUCGACCUUAUGGGCACCCUUUAGGCAUAUUUGGUUAGUGGUUGCGGAAGGGAACGAGGAAUUCGGAAUGGAAUGAACCACGUUCGCAAGCGACUGUAAAACGGUUUGAAUAAGCUGUAAAUAAAGUUGGAAGGCUGAUUCAUAGUUUCAUGAA